ACUAAAAUUGGGCUGAACUUGAUUAUUCCGCAAUAUUGUUAGGCUGUUGCCUGAUAGCUAUAACUAUCUUGCCUGUGACUCAAUAAAAUUUGAUAUGAUGGAGAUCUAUUUUUCCAAUUUUUGUUAAGGAUGACUGCGUGCAUGAUGGAAGAGUCAACCAGGUUUCAGGCAAGUGAAAGAGAGAUCAUACUAGUGGAUGAUAAUGAUUAUCCUAAUGUUAUCGGAGUAAGCGAUAUAUUCGGCAAUGUUCACGUUGGGGAAGGUCUCUACCUCAAUAAGGAUGUUUACGAGAGACUAUACGGUUACCAGAAAAAGGCUCUUCUCUGGUUCUGGGACCUCCACCGGAAGAAAAAGGGCGGCAUUCUCGGUGAUGAUAUGGGACUCGGCAAGACAAUUCAAGUGAUUGCAUUCCUGAGGAGUUUGACAGAAACAAUACCAUCAUUAAAUCUGAGAGUGCUCCUUGUUUUACCCACUACUUUGAUUGAAAACUGGAUAAGAGAGUUCAAGAAUUGGGCUCCAAAGAUGUGCCUGUUCAAACUGCAUGGAGAUCAGUCAAUGAGCAAGAGAUGGCGUCUGUUAGAUAAGGUUCAUAUGACGGGCGGCGUUUUACUUACCAGCUAUGGCAUUCUAAGAUCAUGUUGGUAUGAACUCAGCCUCAACAAGGAAAGACGACCCUUUGUCUGGGACUACAUGAUUUGCGAUGAAGGACAUCAGAUCAAGAACCCAGAGGCUCUAACGACCAAGGCAGCUCGUGCCAUCUCAGCCACCCAUAGAUUCAUCUUGACCGGUACACCCAUCCAAAAUAAUCUUAUGGAAUUCUGGACUCUCUUCAGUUUUGUUGAACGAUCAAUUCUCGGCGAGCAAAAAACAUUCAAGAUGGAAUACGAAACUCCUAUUGCAAAUUCAAGAAAAAAAGAAACAAACGAAGAGAUGCAGGCCAUGGGUAAUGCACUCUCCGAAAGUCUGCGGAGACUUACAGACCCGUACUUCUUGCACCGACGAAAGGCAGAUGUCUUGAAGAAGAAGGAAGUAAUAGAAGGAAAUGAGAAAGGGCAGGAGAACGAAGGAUCACUGAAGAAUGAGAGAAAACAGGAGGAAGAUGCAUUGCCAGGCUGUUCUUAUUGGAGAAUGGACUCACAUCCCCCAUUGAACGAAGCCAGGUCUUUGACUCACAAGAAUGACUUGGUGAUGUGGCUCUCCCCUUCUCCAAAACAGAUCUUAUACUACAACCAGUAUAUCAACCUUAAAUUCUUCAAAAAGGUAAUGAGACAAAAUGACAAGAAAUGUGUCUUUGCGGAGCUGGGGGUUCUCAAAGCUUUAUGUGAUCAUCCUCGUCUGCUUUCUAAGAGAGCCUUUUGCAUGCUCGGACUCAUUCCACCUUCGAGCGAUGACUGGCAAGAGGCAGCGUCUGAAAUGGAAUUUGCAGCUAACGACAUCACUGGGGUGAGCGGGGAUGUUCUUAUACAAGAGUCUGGGAAGCUGGAAUUCCUCUUCAAGCUUCUUGAGAAUCUAAGAGAAGAAGGGCAUCGAUGCCUUGUUUUUAGCAAAUCACUCAAGAUGUUGAAUAUAAUUGAGAAGAUACUACGAGGAAGGCGAUUCCGAUGGAAGCGGUUGGACGGCUCCAUCCAUGAUAUGAUUGAGAGGGAAGCGAUCAUUCAAGACUUCCAGCAGAAUGAUUCUUAUAAUCUAUUCCUCCUAAGUACUAAAGUAGGAGGGACAGGGCUGAACUUGACAAGCGCAGACAGGAUCGUUAUUGUUGAUCCAGACUGGAACCCAUCCACAGACAACCAGGCAGUGGGCAGAGCCUAUCGUAUUGGCCAGACCAAGUCAGUGAUAGUCUAUCGGCUAAUCACCUGCGGGACGGUAGAAGAGAAGAUCUACCGUCGGCAGGUCUUCAAGGAAUCUCUUAUCAAGCAGACCACGGGCAAUUCUGAUGAAGAUACAUACAGGUAUUUCUCUAGCCAAGAGCUACGAGACCUGUUUGAGCUUGAAAAUAUCGAGGUAUCUGUUACACAGAAACAGCUAGAAGGCCUCCAUGCAUGGCAGAGAAAGUCCUGGAGAGAACUAGAUCAACACAUUGCAUUCCUGAAAACAAUAGUGAGCGGGAUCAGCGAUCAUGAUCUGCUGUUUUCGUUGGACUGCAAAACCAUGAGGGCAAAGCGCGACGAGUAUGACGCCAAGGUUCGAAUGGCGGAAGGUGAACUUGCAGCUGGCAACAAGCAUAAUGUGCACAGAGAAGAUUGGCCCUUCGGGCCCCAAGAAAGAAGAGAUUUGGAACCCCUUCUCUUUCCAAACCUGCUGCACCAGAGUGUUCAUGGAGCAACUCAAGACACAAAUACAUGGCUUAUCAAUAACACUGGUGUGAAGAAUAUGGAGGAGAAACAAGAUGUAAAAUUUGGUAUCAAUAAGGAAGAAAGGAGCACACUUCUUCAACAGGUUACAGAGAGAAGACUUGCAAUUCCUGGCUCCACGCUUGCAGCCCCUUAUACAGUUAAUAGUGGGAAUCAACUGGAUAGCUGUUCUAUAAUGAUAGAGGGAAAGCCGACCCUGCAAGAAAUACCUUUGUUACCAAACCAUUAUCUUGAUGGGCCGACCAGCAAUUCCCAGUCUACACCUGUACUGUGUCCAACAGAGAAAGCAUCAAAACUUGAGAAGAUAUGUAGCAGAUUGGAGUUUUCCCGUAGCUGUGUCAAGAGUGAGCAAGACAAUUCUAGUUGCAGUAGUAGUAGCCUGGAGAGUGUAGACUGGAUGUUUACUGAAAGCAAACGGGACACUGUCCAAGGUGAGACCCUUGAUGAUGUUAUUGACUUGAUUAGCACAUCCUCCAAUCAGUCAGAGGAGACGUGCCGUGCAGCAGGAGAGGAGAAGUUUGUGUCCAGCUCACAGGGUCUAAUUGGAGAGUGUGUCGGAGGAAAUAUGGUAUGCAGCAAUGACAGCCUUGAGGAUAAAGACCCGAUGCCUCAGGGAUGUGGUGAUACAGCUCUUGGCAAAGACAGUGCUGAGACACGCAAGGUCAAGGAUCAGGCCGAUGGUGCAGAUGAGCCAUCGGGAACACUCAAGGAAAAAAUUGUCUCCAGUUUCCAUGGCAACCUGGAAAGAUUUGACAACGAAAAUGCAGAAUGUAGGGAUGAGAGUCUUGGGAAAAUAGAUUGGAUGCGGUCCCAGGGAGAAAAAGGUGAUGAUCCUGACGCUCAAGAUGCCAAAGACGAGAAAGCCAGGUAUUGCUCUGAUUGGCCAAAACAGUUAUCAGGGGUACUGAAGGAGAAUAUUGUUUCCAGAUCCUCCAACACCACUGGUAAAGUCGAGCAAGAAGGCUUGGAAUGUAAAGUUGAGUACCCCCAGAAGUCGUUGAAGAGAGAUCAUGGCGGUCGCUCUGUCGAUGCUACCCCUGAUGGUGAUGGUGAUGAUGUUGAUGAUGUUGAUGAUGGUGAUGGUGGUGGUGAUGGCAAUGAUGUUGUUGAUGAUGAUGGUGGAGGUGGUGGCGAUGGUGAUGGGGAUGAUGAUGAUGAAGAAGAUGAUCAUCCUGACACUCAAGAUGCCAAAGAUGAGAAAGCCAGGUAUCGCUCUGAUUGGCCAAAGAAGUUAUCAGGGGUACUGAAGGAGAAUAUUGUUUCCAGAUCCUCUUACACCACUGGUAAAGUCGAGCAAGAAGGCUUGGAAUGUAAAGUUGAGUACCCUCAGAAGUCAUUAAAGAGAGAUCAUGGCGGUCGCUCUGUCGAUGCUACCCCUGAUGAUGAUGGGGAUGAAGUUGAUGAUGUUGAUGAUCGUGAUGGUGGUGGUGAUGGCAAUGAUGUUGUUGAUGAUGAUGAUGUUGAUGCUGAUGAUGGUGAGUGGAUUGCUUGUGAUAGUGAUGAUGAUGAUGAUGUUGAGGCUGAUGAUGGUGGUGGGGGUGCUUGUGAUAGUGAUGAUGAUGAUGAUGUUGAGGCUGAUGGUGAUGAUGAUGUUGAUGAUGAUGAUGGUGGAGGUGGUGGCGAUGGUGAUGGGGAUGAUGAUGAUGAAGAAGAUGAUCAUCCUGACGCUCAAGAUGCCAAAGACGAGAAAGCCAGGUAUCGCUCUGAUUGGCCAAAGAAGUUAUCAGGGGUACUGAAGGAGAAUAUUGUUUCCAGAUCCUCUAACACCACUGGUAAAGUCGAGCAAGAAGGCUUGGAAUGUAAAGUUGAGUACCCCAAGAAGUCGUUGAAGAGAGAUCAUGGCAGUCGCUCGGUCGAUGCUACCGCUGAUGAAGGUGGUGAUGAUGUUGAUGAUGAUUAUGAUGGUGGGGGUGGUGGUGAUGGUGGUGAUGAUGAUGAUGAUGUUGAUGCUGAUGAUGGUGAGUGGAUUGCUUGUGAUAGUGAUGAUGAUGAUGAUGUUGAGGCUGAUGAUGGUGGUGGGGGUGCUUGUGAUAGUGAUGAUGAUGAUGAUGUUGAGGCUGAUGGUGAUGAUGAUGGUGGUUGGGGUGGUGGUGAGGGUGAUGAUGAUGAUGAAGAAGAUGAUCGUCCUGACGCUCAAGGUGCCGAAGACGAGAAAGCCAGGUAUCGCUCUGAUUGGCCAAAGAAGUUAUCAGGGGUACUGAAGGAGAAUAUUGUUUCCAGAUUCUCCAACACCACUGGUAAAGUCGAGCAAGAAGGCUUGGAAUGUAAAGUUGAGUACCCCCAGAACUCGUUAAAGAGAGAUCAUGGCGGUCGCUCUGUCGAUGCUACCCCUGAUGAUGAUGGUGAUGAUGAUGGUGAUGAUGGUGAUGAUGAUGAUGAUGAUGGUGAUAAUGUUGAUGAUGGUGAUGAUGAUGAUGGUGAUGAUGAUGUUGAUGACGAUGAUGAUGGUGGGGGUGGUGGUGAUGGUGAUGAUGAUGAAGAAGAUGAUCGUCCUGACGCUCAAGGUGCAGAAGACGAGAAAGCCAGGUAUCGCUCUGAUUGGCCGAAGAAGUUAUCAGGGGUACUGAAGGAGAAUAUUGUUUCCAGAUUCUCCAACACCACUGGUAAAGUCGAGCAAGAAGGCUUGGAAUGUGAAGUUGAGUACCCCAAGAAGUCGUUGAGGAGAGAUCAUGGCGGUCGCUCUGUCGAUGCUACCGCUGAUGAAGGUGGUGAUGAUGGUGAUGAUGAUGGUGAUGAUGAUGAUGAUGAUGAUGGUGAUAAUCCUGAUGAUGGUGAUGAUGAUGAUGGUGAUGAUGACGAUGAUGAUGUUGAUGAUGGUGAUGAUGAUGAUGAUGAUGAUGGUGAUGAUGAUGAUGUUGAUGACGAUGAUGAUGAUGGUGAUGAUGAUGAUGAUGAUGAUGAUGGUGAUGAUGAUGGUGUUGAUGUUGAUGUUGAUGUUGAUGUUGAUGACGAUGAUGGUGGUGGGGGUGGUGGUGAUGGUGAUGAUGAUGAUGAUGAUGAUGAAUAUUUUGAUGCCCGCAGUGACUUCAGUGGCAGUAGCAUUACCUUCCUUGAAGAUCCAUCAGAUGAUAUGCCUGGAUCUGAAUGUCAGGUCGAGCAUAAGGUAUUCAAACGAGAAGCAGAAGAGCAGGAGGAAGGGAGUUUGCCAAAGAAGAAAGCAAGGACUGGGGGCAAUGGGUUUCCGUGGUUGGAUUGGUAAAGAUCAGAUAUUGAAGAAGGGUCAAUUUCAGUACCAUAGAUUGAUAGAAGUAUACAGUUGUACUUAAAAGUUAUUGAACCCCAUCACAAUAUCCACUCCUUCAUGUUGAAUGUAGACAACAACACUACAAUGCCCAACAAGCCCAGAGAAUUAAACUCUAAUGAAUGUUGUAUUUUAUCACCUGACUUCACUAUUUAUCUAAAACAUGGCAGAACUAGAAGAACACAUUAAAAAUGUCAAUUUUCUGGUGGGGUUCACUAACUUUUGAGCACCGUGUUUCUUGAUGAAAACAUGUAGCCUGCAGACAGUCCUCUGGUCAGCUGAUUUAACAAGUAACAGGAAGUCUUUCAAAGACUCUGGACAGACUGCCAUGUUUGGAUAUUAUAGAUUCAAAUAGAUGCUCCACUUACACUUCAAAUCCAAUGCAGGAAAAUAUACAAUUUUGGUACAAUGUAAACAUUCUCAUACUUGAUAAUAGAGAACAUUUUCUUAAAAUUUAAGCAGCAUUUUUGGACAGAGCAAGGGGCUUUUCAACAAUCUUCCUGUCAGCUGAUUGUAAUAUUUAAGAGUAGGAACGUAAAGGUUUGAAAAAAAAGAGUAAAUAUAUAAAUUUGUAUUUUUACAUCAUUGUUGAUCCAAAGUAGAAGUCAAUUUCUAGUUGUUAACAGAAAACAUAUAUCCUGGAAGUUUUACAAAGGUUGUAGUUUUUAGAAAGUCUGAUGGUCAGCUUUUAAUUGAGAAUAAGAAGCUAAAAUAUGAUGAGGCCUCGAGCUAAAUUUGGUUGCGAAAGUUGGGAUGGGAGUAGUGUUUUCUACUAUGCAACUGCUUCAAUCAAUGCUUAUCUCGCGAAUGAUAUACAUACAGCUAUUUUUUAUGUCAAAAUUCUGGAUCUAAAGAAAGUGAGAUGUUGAAGUUGGUGUUUCACAUAGCAUUUUCUACUAUUAACCCUAACUUACAGGGGGGGCUAUUCAGCCCGCUCCUCAGCGUUUUUCGCGAUAUAUCUACAGCGCAAAGUUAUUUGACUGCGCCGCUCGCUGACUUUUUACCUUUAAGUUUUACACAAAUUUUUUGACCAAAUUUGUGAUGCCUGGGCACGCGGUUACGAAAUUACUCAACAAUAUGUCAGUGCAUGUCAGACCAAAAUUGCUCUAAAAUGCAUAUAUCAUGUACAAAGUCAAUACCAAAUCUGUUUCAUCUAAACUUCAUAAAUGAGUGAUUAUUCUCACUUUGACAACAGUCAUUUUAUUUUAUAUUAAUUAUGACUGAAAUGAUGUCCCUGAUUUUGUC